AUGGACUUCGAGGAUCCCAAAAACACAAAGUCGUACUCUGAUGCGCUAAAGGUCGAUCCCAAUUCUAUUAUCACAACUUCAAUUGAUGCAGUUCCCGUGACUGUUGAAAGAAAUCCGUAUCAGCCGGGAGUUGACAAGCCCAGACUAGCCCACGCAGGAGUUGCGAGAGCCAAUCUUGCUGCAACUCACGAGCGUCCUGAGGGAACGACCGAGAAUGACUGGGCUCAACGGCACCAGGAUCAAACGGUUCUGCAGCAGCAUUGCGAUUUCUUUGAUAAGGACCAUGAUGGAGUGAUCUGGCCAAUUGACACCUUCAGAGGCUUCCAUCAACUAGGCUAUGGCUUCAUCCUGUCACUUAUCUCGGUCCUCGUCAUCCACGGCAACUUCUCAUAUCCAACACAGUCCUCAUUCCUUCCCGAUCCCUUUUUUCGAAUUCACAUCGACAACAUUCACAAGGAUAAGCAUGGUAGCGACACUGGGACUUACGAUACCGAAGGACGAUUCAUUCCACAGAAGUUCGAAGACAUCUUCUCCAAGUAUGCAGAAGGUCGUGAUUACUUGACGAUAUGGGAUGUGAGUAAUUUGAUGAAAGGCCAAAGACUCAUCGCCGAUCCCAUCGGAUGGGGUGGUGCCUUCUUUGAGUAUGAUGGGCGUAUGAUGAAGGAGGAUAUCAGAGGUAUCUACGAUGGGAGCCUCUUCUACAAGGUCGCCGCUCGGCGAUCAUCGAAGUAA